UGUGUGUGUGUGUGUGUGUGUGUGUGUGUGUGUGUGUGUGUGUGUGUGUGUGUGUGUGUUUGCGCGCGCGCUGUCCGUUUGCGUCUCUUUGUGGGCGAGAUGCUAAAUACAGGCAAAGGAAUGAGUCUGCCACACGCGCUCCCCCGCUGAACCGACUCCUGCAGAUUUUGUCUUUGUGAACGUGAACGCUGCACUGCCUCCACCGCCACUACACCCUCUACUCUUGCAAGAUUUCGAACCUGUUUUGCGCUCGAGACAAUUAUCGCCUGAGAGGCACUCUAAUCUAAACGCAAAAUCCAAUCUGACAAGACCUUUACAUCUUCACGGAAGAUUGUGAUAUAUACAGCAGCAGGGAGAGGGGGGGCGAGAGAGCGAGAGAGAUUCAUUGCCGCCAACACAGCUGAGGAGGACGGUAGCAUACCCUAUAGAAGACAUACACGAUGGAUGGGAUGAAACCAGCGAUGGAGAACAACGCCGAGGAGAAUCAAGAGGAGAGAGAAGAGAGUAAAGGCUGCUUCGAGUGCUGCAUCAAGUGUCUGGGAGGUGUCCCCUACGCCUCUCUGGUGGCCACCAUCCUCUGCUUCUCGGGCGUGGCCCUGUUCUGCGGCUGCGGACAUGUGGCCCUCACGGGGACCCUCACCAUGCUGGAGAGCCACUUCUCGCGCGUGCCAACCGACCAUGCCACCCUCACCACUGUGAUCCAGAUCAUGCAGUACGUCAUCUAUGGCAUCGCCCCCUUCUUCUUCGUCUACGGCAUCAUCCUAUUGGCCGAGGGCUUCUACACCACCAGCGCCGUCAAAGACCUCCAGAACGAGUUCAAGACCAGCGUGUGCGGACGCUGCAUCACUGGCUUCUUUGUCUUCCUGACCUACAUCUUGGCGUUGGCCUGGCUCGGCAUCUUCGGCUUCUCCGCGGUGCCCGUCUUCCUCUUCUACAACAUGUGGACCACCUGCAACGCCAUGAAGUCCGAAGUGGCCAACAUCACCUCCCCCGACAACAUCUGCGUUGAUGUCAGGCAGUAUGGUGUGAUCCCAUGGACUGCCACGCCUGGGAGAGUCUGUGGAUCCUCUCUGAAUGACAUCUGCAACACUAGUGACUUUUAUCUGUCCUACCACCUGUAUAUCGUGGCCUGUGCCGGUGCUGGAGCCACUGUCAUUGCUCUGAUCCACUAUCUCAUGAUCCUAGCCGCCAAUUGGGCCUACCUGAAGGACGCUGUGCAGACCCACGCCUACCAGGACAUCAAGACCAAGGACGACCAGGAGCUGACGGACGUGCAGUCCCGCUCCAAGGAGGCCAUCAACUCGUCCUACUCAUAAAGGGCCUAUUACACAGCACACAACAUUACAGCACAGGCUGUGACGAUCAGAUCAUGCAAUGUUAAUUAGGGUUUGCAAUUUAACAUUUUAAGGUCUGAUUGUUACAAUGCAUUCAAUCACACGUCCCCCACCCCAUCCUCCUCCUCCUCCUUUUCUCUCUCUCUGCCAUCUGUACCUUCUUCCAUUCCCCUGUGAUCUCUCCGACUCUCUCUUUUUCUUUCUCUUCCCCCCUCUUUCUAUCUUUCUUUGUCUCUGUCGCUCUCUCUCUCUCUAUAGAACACACACUCAAAUACUGUACACAUGGGCAUACACACACACACAUACACACACACGCACACACUUACGACCCCACCCCCCCAUCCCUCCCCACCCCUCAGGCUGCAAACUGCUGACUAACACGGUUCAGUGCUGCCUCUCUCUCCUCCACGUGACACGGACGCACUCUGAGGCUCCCAUAGCUGUGACGUAUCACCGGCUUGUGCGUUUUUGAAACAUUUUUCUUUUUUUUACGUUCCUUUAUUUUUCAACAAUGCAUGUAAAAACGCCUUGGGGGUGGUCACACAGCGCCUUCAUUCACUCAGUUUUCUACUGCAACCUCUUGCAGCUUUAGUCGGGGUGAACUACUAGAUGACUGAAUGGGAAAGCGCAGUGUGACCCUGCCAGGUGAUUUUUAUUCCAGUGUUUCGUGGUGGACUUGUCUCUAAUAGCCGUGUGUGAUGUCCGUAUAGGGCCUACUGUGGGGCCUCAGCUAAAAGUGUCAUGACGCGUGGUGGAGGCGAAGUGGCACCCCACUACACUUAACUGUCUGCACUAACUCAACCAGGACGUUUCACAGGAACUUCCUUUUUUGGUGUUUUAUACAUUUAAAUAUAAAAUAUAAAUAUAUAAAUAUAUAAAUAUUAUAACUUGUGUGAAUGUGUAUGAAUGUUGUUUUUUCUAACUCUCUUUAAGUCGUACGUCAGGUUUAAUAUAACCUUUUUCUGCUCUUUUCUUUUUCUUUGCUUCUUUAUCUUUCUCUCUCUCUCUUUCUCUCUUUCUAAGUCCCUUCCCACUACAGCUUUGAUUUCUUCUGGUCCUUUUUUAUGGUUAUACUUGACACAUUGCACUGCUGUGAAAUCCUAUGAAUCAAUCAUGCACACCCUCGUAAACUCACACACGUACAGUACAACAAUUUGGAUGUCUAAGAUCUAUCUUGAUCUCUUUUUCUUAAAUGAAACAGCAGGAACGAACAAAAAGAAAUCCCUGUGAGUAGCUUAGAUUGAUGUUACUAUUUCAGCUGACAAUGUCACGUCAAGUCAGUGAAGUAGGAACACUAUAUGAAAGGUGCUUGUUCUCAGAUGUAUAACUUUCCUGAAGAACGAGAAAUAUCUGGUUUGCACAUAUUGUCUCAAGUAAGCUUGUAAUUUAUCAAACUGAAUAUCUGAUUUCAUUAUAGCACACUCUACAACUCGUUGAAGGGAUAUCUUUAAGAAGAAAGUCAUUUUUUAAUUAUUUUUAACUACCCUGUGGGAAAAAAAAUCAUUGAAGUAUUUUUUCCUCUUUGGAUUUCAGUGAUGUAGGUCUUAACCAUGUUCAUUGAGCAUAUUCUUGAAUUGUUGACGAAGCGUAAAUUAACUAUCUACGUAUAUAAUAUCAGUGUUUUGAAUCAGCGGUUUUGAUGGCAGCUGACACUUUUUCCUGAUUAAGCUACUGUGUAACACUGCUUGGAUUUUAUCUUGGGUCUGAUUUACAAUCUUGUGAUUUUAGCAGCAUUUGUGUCUUUUUCUUACUCUUACCUGACAACCCUGAUGGUAAUCUGAUGUGUCUGUGGAAAUAUUGGAUCUACUAAGUGUGUAACUCUCCAUGUGAGUGGAUAAGUGCUCCUGAAAAAAAAAACUGCCACAUUUGUCAUCCACUGUGUCACAGUAUGGUAUUUCUGGUCAGACACCGUUGUAAGCAGUGAUGGGCAACCUAGAUUUAGAAGCCAGAAUCCAGUGCCACAUAUUCCAAAUGACCUGGAUGUACCUGUCCAGUUCAACCAGGUGAUUGCCUUGCUGAACAGGUAAAACCAGGUCAUUUGAAAUAUGUGGCACUGGAUUGUAGCUUCUGAAUCCAGGUUGCCCAUCACUGGAAGGGACUGUCUUUGAAGGGCCUCUCCUUAACAGUUAUGCACAACUCGUGGCAUGACACUCUUAGUAUUUAAUGUACAGUACAUUGAUGUAUCACAUACAUUCAGAAGAAGAAAACAAACACCUGUCAUCUUAGUACAGUAGGUGUGUCAUGGUUACAUCAUUGACCCAAUACAACUAUGAAUUAAUGAUUUUAAUGGAUGAAGUUAACGUUCACAAUGAGUGUUGUUAAGAAGGCCCUCAUCAAAGACUGUUUUGUUUUUUUUUUCUCCCUGAGUUUUAAAGAUGAAUAUUACUAUUACCACUUUUACACGGUCGUGGUGUGUUUUUAGUAUACACAAACUUUUUCUCCCUCUUUUUUAAAUGUUAUCAAAAGCAUGUUGCCCACCCGCCAAGGGUUGAACUGCAAGAAGAAAAAAAACAUAACCUAUAUACGUUUUUUUGUUUUGGUUCCUGCCAACGUUGGAACUUAUCCACUGAUCGCAAUUUCAGUCUUUUUUGGUUUGUUUGUUUUGGGGUUUUGUUUUUCUUUUUUGUAUCAGAAGAUGUGUGCCUGUAUGUUUCGUUGUUCCCCUUUUUAUUGCAUGAUGGAAAGAUAACCUUUGACCUCCUCCUCCUCCUAAACUGUAGGUGAUGUGUUGUCAGACGUAUGGUAGGCAGUGUUUGCCCUUGUAACCGCCCUCCCCUCCCCAAACCCCAACCCCUCCCCACUCCUAUUCCAACCCUUACCCUUCUCCAGAAUAACCCACUGUGUUUUGAUGGAAUUGUAGUCCUAUUAUAGUUGUUUCACAUAGUCGAUUUUCUUUGGAGAAACGUUGACGGUUUUAUGAAUCCUGUAUAGUGAUGAUUUUUGUACCCUUCUCUAGUAAAACUGAUAUUUUCUAUGAUCGCCAA